ACGAGCGCGCGUGUGUGUGCGUGUGUGUGCAAUGGAGGGUCACCUGUUUCAUGUCUACAGCCACGUGUACACUCUCAACAAUCUGUAUGCGGAGAAUAUGACGGUGAUCCUGGUGCAGGUCAACCCAGGGGAGACGUUUACCAUCCGGGCUGAGGACGGCUCCCUGCAAUGCAUCCAGGGUCCUGCUGAGGUUCCCAUGAUGUCCCCAAAUGGGUCAAUCCCCCCCAUCCACGUGCCUCCAGGGUACAUCUCACAGGUGCUGGAGGACACCACGGGGGUCCGCCGAGUGGUGGUCACGCCUCAGUCUCCGGAGUGCUACCCCCCCUCCUACUCCCCGGCUCUCUCCCCCACGCACCACCUGCCCCCGUACCUGCCUCACCCUCACUUCAUCCCCAACUCUCACUCUUUCUACCCCCCUGUGAGCCCAGGGGAGCUGCCCCCCCACCAGUACUACCAGCACCCCCUGCCGCCAAUGUAUGGCGAUCCAGAAAUUAUUCCAGUUUACGGGAUGUCGAACUUCAUAGGCAGAGAGGAGACGUACAGCAAGCCACAGCCCAAAAAGAUGAAGGGGCAGAGAGAGCUAGAGCGACAGAACCGACUGAAUUCCCCUCCCUCCACCCUCUAUAAAGGCAGUCUGGGCCCGGCACACAACGGAUACAGCAGCAAAUCCCACGCCCCGUCGCUGGGGUCGGUGGGAUCAGGGGGCGGAGUGGGCAGCCCGGGGGGCAAGAAGCCGGAGAGGCGGCUCCGCAGCAGUCCGCGAAACAGUGAACCGGAGACGCACACACAAGAUCAUGAUUCAGAGGGAAAGCGAGUUCAAGACAUGCUGUCUGCAAUCGACAAACCACAGGUGUCCAAUAUUCAGGCGCGAGCUGCGCGGCUGUCGUGGGCCCCCGUAGCGGGGCUGGUGAACAGGCAUAGUAACGGGAUGCCCGUGUCGUGCUCCUAUGAGCUCUCUCUCUCGGACAAGGGGAGAGACGGAAAGUAUCGCAUUAUAUACAGUGGUGAAGAACUGGAGUACAAUCUGAAAGACCUAAGGCCAGCGACAGACUACCACGUAAGGGUGUCAGCAAUAUAUAACUCAGUUCGAGGCUCGUGUUCAGAAGCCAGCUCGUUCACGACACACUGCAGCGUCCCUGAUGUCCCGCAAACCCCGAAGCUCACCCACCGCAGCAAGAGCACCCUCACCCUACAGUGGAAGCCUCCAGGCGACAACGGAUCUAAAAUCACAAACUACCUGCUGGAGUGGGAUGAGGGAAAGAACAGUGUUUUCAGAGAAUGUUACUUUGGGAGCCAGAGACACUGUAAGCUGACGCGGCUGUUCCCCGCCUGCGGCUACACGUUCAGAGUGGCGGCGCACAACGACAUCGGCACCAGCGGCUUCAGUCCGGAGGUGGUGUUCUACACCAUGGGCACGCUGCCCGCUCUGCCCCUGGCGCCGCGGCUGGUCAGGGCCGGGGUGUCCUGGGUGACCCUGGAGUGGGGGCGUCCCGAGGGCAGCCCCAGCGAGGAGCAGCUCAAAUACACGCUCGAGAUCCAGGAAGACAACACCGGAACAGACUUUCAUCCAAAGUACACUGGAGAAAACUUGACCUGUACUGUACAAGGCCUGAAGAGGAGCACACAGUAUAAAUUCAGGCUCAUCGCGUCGAACAUGGAGGGGAAGAGCAGCCCCAGCGAAGUGUUAGUAUGCACCACCAAUCCGGACAAGCCUGGACCCCCAUCCACCCCCUGUGUCACCGGAACCACGCCUUAUGGAUUCACUGUCACAUGGGAUCCUCCCCAGGACAACGGGGGCUCGGAGGCUCUAACGUAUCUGCUCGAGAUCUCGGAGGGAUGCUCUGACGCGAGCCAGUGGGAGGUGGCGUACAGCGGUCCAGCGACUGAAUGUGUGUGUGAGCGCCUGACACCCAGCACCUUCUACAGCCUACGUGUGUGUAGCAUCACCACCGGAGGACACAGUGCGUGCACUGUCAGUGUUCCGGUCCGCACAUUAAGUGUCCCGCCUGGACCCUGCCAGCCGCCGAGAAUUGUGGGUAAAGCCAAACACAAGGAAGUGCAGUUAGAGUGGGACUCCCCCGUCUCCGAGGGAGUGUGUGAGGAGUGUGUGUUCAGUCUGGAGAUGAGCGAGGGAGACGCCAAGCCCGCCGAGGUGUACCACGGCUCAGAGCUGCAGUGCACGGUUGUUAGUUUGCUACCCGGUGCGACGUAUAGCUUCCGGCUGAGGGCAGCCAACGAGGCCGGGUUCGGAGGGUACUCUGAGCCGACUGAGGUGACGACCGCCGCCGGCCCCCCCGCCCAGUGUGGGGCGCCGCUCAUCACUCUCACCAGUAACACCUGUGUAUCGCUCAACUGGGAGAGCCCUGAGGGUUCGGGCACAGACAUCUCCGAAUACCGUUUGGAGUGGGCGAGGGAAGAGGAGCCCAUGGAGCUCAUCUACUGCGGCUCCGCUACGCAGUGCGAACUGUCUGACCUGACGCCCGCCACAAAUUACUGCUGCAGGCUACAGGCGGUGAAUCAGGCGGGCGCCGGUCCGUACAGCGAGCAGGCCAGUUUUCGGACCCCGGCGACGACCCCGGACCAGGUGUCGUCCCUCGCCCUCCUGGACCUCCCGGCCUCCUCGGAGACGGGCCACUCCCCGUCCACCUGCCUGCUGUUGAAGUGGGAGGAGCCCAGCAGCAACGGGGCGGAGAUCAGCUCCUACGUCAUCAGCGUGGACGGACAGACCAUCACGGUCGAAUCGGGGACGAGUCACCUUGUUACCGGCCUGCAGCCAGACAGCGAGUACAGUGUGCUGAUCCAGGCAGUCAACGCCAUCGGUUCCAGUCCCUCGAGUCCACCACUAGUGGCGAGGACACGCCCCCUCCCGCCGGCCCCGCCCCCUCUGGAAUGCUCGGCCGCCGGACCUCAGAGCCUGAAGCUCAAGUGGGGGGAGAACGCCAGCCACACACGCGCCCUUCUCGCCGAAGACAUGGUCUACACACUACAGAUGGAGGACAAGAACCACAGGUUCGUGACGAUCUACCGCGGUCCCAGCCACACCUACAAAGUGCAGCGGCUCAUCGAGUCGAGCAGUUACAGCUUCAGAAUACAGGCCAUCAGCGACGCCGGGGAGGGGCCGUUCUCGGACACACACACCUUCUGCACCACCAAGUCCGUGCCGCCAGCGCUCAAAGCUCCCAGAGUGCACCAGCUGGAGGGGAACAUGUGUGAGGUUACCUGGGAGACCAUCCCACCAAUGAGAGGAGACCCGGUCAGCUACGUGCUCCAGGUGCUCGUGGGACGCGAGUCCGAAUACAAACAGGUCUUUAAGGGAGAGGAGGGCUCCUUCCAGAUCCCCGGCCUGCAGGGCAACACAGAUUACCGCUUCCGGGUGGGCGCCUGCCGCCGCUGCCAGGACUCGUGCCAGGAGCUGUGCGGGCCGCUCAGCCCCUCCUCCUUGUUCGCGCUACGCCGCCAGGAGGCGUCGGCGUCGGGAGAGCAGUGCGCCAUGGAGACGGGAAAAGGGGCGGGCCUGAUCUCCAGCGACGAGCGCUUCGCAGCGUUGAUCGUGUGCGUGUUCGCGGGCCUCUCCAUCCUCAUCGCCUGCUUGUUACAGUACUUCUUCAUGAAGUGAGGGAAUUUUAACUAUAGGAUAGAAAGAGAAAGCAAAAUCACAGAAAAAAAAAACUUUAUAAAACGUCUAUGAAAGAACCGAAUGAAAUCAAAACACUUGAGAUGUACUUUUAAGACUAUGUUUUUUUUUUUUUUUUAGUCAAAGUAUCGAUUCAGGCUUUCCCCACCUUGUUCUGGUCGUCUCCUGCAUUCACUCAGUUUGGUCUCAUUUCUUUUCCCGUCUUCGUACCGUUGUCUCAUUUGUUGAGGAUUUCUGUGGAGGGAAGCGCUGUCCUCGCUUUACCUCCGUUGGGAAAGAAAACUGAUAAUCAAGCCUUAAAACUAGCUGUGAGCAAAGCGGCUCUUCAGACUGACUUGCAUGUUUUUCAUUUUGUAUAUUUUUUAAAAAAACAUAUUCAAUUAGAGAAAGUGUAUAUUUCUUGACGGUCAUUGCCUUACUUUAUUUUUAUUUUUUUUUCUCAAUGUUUAAUUUGCUUUUUUUUUUUCAAAUUUUUUUGUUUUGUUUUUGCUGCAGUCUAUUCAUUCAGCCAUAUUCAAAUGUAGGCCUUCAAAGCUUUAGCUCAGUUCAUUUACUACUCUACAGGCUGUCGGUCGACUCAUGCAAUCUGCGUCUGCUCUCACAAUCCAGACUGACAACGCGCGUGUGAAGACUUACCCGCAUAACCACGCACACGCAUACGACUACACUCAUGCAACGACAAUGAAAAAAGACACGUUAUCCUCCGAAGAAAAUCGAUCGCAUAUCUGCUCAGCUUUUUAACGUUAAGUUACUCAUUCAUUCAGCUACCAAAGUGAUGCAAUCCAUGUGUGGUGUAAGAUGCUGCUAUCCUGUGACUUUUAUUAUAUCUAAGACAGAUUGAGGAAAACAGUAAUGAUGAUUAUAUACACAGUAACAAAUAUCUAAGAUGCUAUAAAGGUGGUGUGAUAUAAGUGAUGGCAAUGUAAGGUCUGAAGUGCAGAGGAAACGGGGAGGAAUGGACUCUGAGGUCAGUUGAGCUAGCGACAGGCGGUCGUACGUUUGGCAUACGUUUGCUUUAGAAAAGCCAGCCUGGACACGUGACUGGCUUCAAACGUGUUGGAGAAGGGACUGUGGAGAUCGUGGAUUUGGUCGGAUCGGUCAGUCCUUCCCCCCUUUUUUCUACCAUCUCAAACACCAUCGCUCCGGCCCGAUGCGUCUGUGGCUUUCGGUGGCGCCGCGCCCGCACCGCCACAGGCCCGGAGGUGCUAACAGCCUGCCGGCUAGCCGUGCUUCUCAGAGCCGUGCGUGUGUUAACCAGGAAAGCUAUUAGGAGUUAGCUCGAGCUUUAACCCCCCCCCCCUCCGAUAUUUCGCCAGCUGCCAGCCAGAGCAGCGCUAAAGCCGUUUCUUCUUCCAGCUACUCUGUGAAUCGAUACGUUUGAAGACUCUUCUCUCUUUUCAUCUCCUGAACAUAAUUAUCUGUAAUUACCUUUCUUUUCUUUUUUUUUUUGCUCUGGCUGCUCUUCUCUUGCUUUCGAUCCAUCCAUCCAGCCUCUCUCUCUCUCUCUCUCUCUCUCUCUCUCUCUCUCUCUCUCUCUCUCCAUUAAAAGGUGCUUUAUUGACAUGUAAUCAGAGCAGUAGCACGUCUGCGGUCUCUCCCCGGACGGACAUGUCCUCUGAGGACUUGAACUAAUGUUCACUAACCAAACGAUCCUUCGACAGAACACAGCUCGGCAGAACAGAGCAUUCUGACACAAGUGACGCCCCCUGGCCUCCUGCCUCGAAUCCUGAACCCGUUCUACCCCCCCCCCCCCCCCCCCCCCAAAGCCCGAAACACACAGCCAAGGUACAACCCAGUACACACUCUGAUAAUCCAAAGAAAUCUCCCUGACCCGCAUUUAUAAUGUGUGACACCUUAUUUUCUUUUUUUCCUUUCGUCGGGUUUGGGGGACACGAGGGAGGAAGGACGGGACGGGGGUCCGGGGGCAGUAAUGAACAGCUCUGAUUGGCAGCCUGUAACGUACCUCAGGGAUAAGGCCUUACAGAGGGGGGCUCUAACCCAGUCGUCCCCUUUGCUGUCACCAUCAGCCUCAUUGUCACUGUCAGACGAGCCUCUCUUCCUGUUUCUCUGUCUUCAUCUCUUCCACUCUUUCGUUUGUGAUGCUGCAUCUUGUCCUCUGUCUAUGCUGUGCCUUGCUCCUGUAUGUAUCUGAAAGCAAAGUGGUUUACUAGCUCAUAAAACCUUUGCCAAAGUUGAUGGAAAAGUUAUGGUAGAGUUCUUUUCUAGGUUUUAUUUAUACUAUAUAUUUGCAUACAGUACUUUACAUGCCAAUUACAGUGCAAUCUUCAUUUAUUUAUUGUUUAAAGAUUAAGAGACAAGUGUAGUUAUAUACUAAUUUUUUUCUUGUAGCAUGUUUUUUUUUUCUUUUUAAUUUUUUUAAUGGAUGUAUGUUAGAUUGUAUGAUUAAGGCCAGCAUUCCUUAUCUCAGUAACCCUUUAAGUAUUUCUCUUACAGCUGUUGGGAACCUGUAGCUCAUCAGUCCAUUCAUUGCAGUUAUCAUUGCUGUUUCAAACAUGUAACCAAAUGUAUUUUUAUUUUUAUUUUUUUCAUCUCCUGUUUCAGCCGUGCACAGGCGAGCAGUUCUUGUAAUGCUUAGAGAGAUAUGUAGCAAGCCGGGCUUUAGGGUCAGUUCAAGUUCAUCUGUAUUGGGAUAAACCUUGCGGCCUUUGGCUUAUUUCUGACUAGUGUUAUAAUGAAGCUUCUGAUAUCUUUUUACUGUUUUAAUGCCAAAGUGCAGGCUUUUCGUGUCCACUAGAUGUCGCGUUUGCAGUCUAAAAGUUUCUGUGAUGUUCUUGACACAGAAUUACAGUAAUUAUUAUUAAUUAUUAUUAUUAAAAUACUAUUAUUAUUCUCUCAAAAGGAAAAAAAAACAUUAACUUGAUCUGUGAUUAUGCUUCUUUUCAUAUUAGCUUAUAAUAUUUUGUUUUGUGAAGCAAAAUGUGCCAUUUUGAAAUGUGUAGCCCCCUUUUGGAGGAGAGUUUUUAACACAACUGAUUUCACACUGAAAGGUAAAGAAGGCAAAAACAAAAAACAAAACAAAAAAAAAACACAAUCAUGCGAUGAUUUCAGGCAGAUGACAACAAUAAUAAUAUUGACGAUUCCUUUAUCAGGCUAGUGCUGGUAUAGUUGUAGUGAGUGUUUUGUAUCCAGUGUUUUGCUAAGAGAUGAUAUACAGAGAUAUCUAUAGAGCUAUAGAGUGAGAUGGUAAAUGCAUUAUGACUAACAAAGUUGAAGCACUUUUUUUUUUUACUCAACGCCGAGCAUUAGGCUUGAUGAGGUUCAAGUGGGCGAGGGGGGGCGACCCUCCGCUCCAUUCCAAACACUACUGCCGAGGCGGUCUCUGUUACAUUCAUCGGCAUUACCCCGUCGUUGGCGUCACUGUGACAUUGGCAUUACUGGAGCGCGGUUCCCGGUAGGUCCGCCCCGCUCCCCCCCCAACCCCCCCACACCCCCCGCCGCCGAGAGCGAAUCAAAAGGGAGCGCGGCGCCUUCGUCAGACGUGCCCGUCGGCGGCGCGUCUGCCACGCGGCCUGUUACAUUGUAAAAUGACAGGUGACGUGAGAUGUCCUGUCUUUUUGCGCCCCCCCCCCCCCCCCCCCCCCCCCCCCCUGUAGUGGGUUCACGUUCGGUUGACGUCUGGCCAGUUAUGCACGUGUUGAAUAGUCUGAGUUGAACACGGUGUUGACUGAAAAGCUUUGUUUUUGUGGGCAGGGUACUCCCUUUAAUGUUUUUUUUUUUCCUUUUCUUUUUUUUUUCAAAUGCUGGUUAUUUUAUAAAACACCCGACCUCUCCGCGCACGCGCCCAGUAACCCACCCUGUAGGUCCUGCACAUUUUGGUGGGUACAUGUCAAAAUAAAUAAAUAAAAUAUAUAAAAAAAAAAAAACAAGACAAUGUUUUGCCCAGCAACCCCACGUCUGUGCCUUCUGAUCAGUUUUUUUUCUGUUAAUUUUUUUAUUAUUAUUUUUUAUGUUUUGUACGUUUUACAGUAAGUAGAGAUUUUGACUGAGAGAUUGGCGAUUUGACAAACGUACAGAGACUCACAGGUAUUUAACUAUUUUUUAAAACGAGACAAAAACAGAAACGUAUUUUUACCUCACGAUUUAAAAAAAACAAACAAACAUUCCAAUGUUGUCAUGGUCUACGAAUUGAUUAAGAAAAAAUUCAUGCAUUUCUUCUUGUAUUGUAAAUGUUAGACAAUUUCAUAUGCAUUAUAUAAAAGAAACUGCCAUAUCAAUUUUAAUGUAUAGAUUUUUGCAAAUACUACCCUAUGUAUGUAAGACGUAACUGUAUCGGUAGCGUAUAUAUAAUAUAUUUAUGCCCAAUAAAUGUUUUAAUUUUUUCUGACUUUGA